UCUGGUAUGAUAUAUAAAGAGUUACACAAAAACAAACUCUGUUUCCAUUUUGGCUCGCUUGUUUGACAUUUCAGUCACAUACGUGCCUUUGAGGAACUUGGAGUUGUAAUCAGACGUUUCCAGAUAUCUUGACUGAAUUGAAGGACUGGUGGGUGGUGAGCUUCCUUAUUAUUUAUGUCCCCCCAGUCUCAAACAUAAAUCACACAACACAGCAGUCAUAGCUGCUUUUCUUCUUUCCCUUCCUCCUCCUGCAGAGAUACUGCACAGAAGUCGGCAGCUUCAUUGUGAUUUUGUUUUAUGUGACUGAGAUUGAGAGUGCGAGGAGGACAGUGCACCCAGAAACGGAAAUGGAUAUAAGGCACUCCAUCAAGGUUACAGUUUAUUGGGCCCAAAUCCUCUUUCCAAAGAGUGGAAGACCAGUCAAUGAAUUAUGAAUGUUAAACAAGAUGACCUCCUCUCAGCAGCAGCAGAUGAUGCGAGGUCCUAGGUGGAACCGGGCCUUGUCCGACCCUUUGUUUGUGCUGCUCCUGGCCCUCCAGCUGCUGGUGGUGGCAGGGUUGGUACGUGCUCAGACGUGCCCCUCUGUCUGCUCCUGUAGUAACCAAUUCAGCAAAGUCAUCUGCACCCGCCGGGGCCUGCGAGAUGUCCCUGAUGGAAUCUCUACCAACACACGCUACCUGAAUCUGCAAGAAAAUCUCAUUCAGGUCAUCAAGGUAGACAGCUUCAAACACCUAAGACAUUUGGAGAUCCUGCAGCUGAGUAAAAAUCACAUACGCAAAAUUGAGCUGGGGGCCUUCAAUGGACUGGCCAGCCUCAAUACCUUGGAGCUUUUUGAUAACCGCCUCACCACCAUCCCAAACGGAGCAUUUGAGUACCUGUCCAAACUAAAGGAGCUUUGGCUGAGGAAUAACCCCAUAGAGAGCAUUCCCUCCUAUGCUUUCAAUAGAGUGCCCUCAUUACGACGGUUGGACCUUGGGGAGCUCAAGCGGCUCUCCUACAUAUCUGAGGGGGCCUUUGAAGGGCUGAGCAAUCUGCGCUACUUAAAUCUGGGAAUGUGCAAUCUGAAGGAAAUUCCCAAUCUUAUUCCCCUGGUGAAGCUGGAUGAAUUGGAGAUGUCGGGGAACCAGCUAUCUGUCAUCCGCCCUGGCUCUUUUAAAGGGCUCAUCCAUUUGCAGAAGCUAUGGAUGAUGCAUGCCCAGAUCCAGACCAUUGAAAGGAACUCCUUUGAUGAUCUGCAGUCACUAGUGGAGCUUAAUUUAGCCCACAACAACCUUACCCUCUUGCCCCAUGAUCUGUUCACUCCUUUGCAUCACCUGGAGAGGGUGCACUUGCACCACAACCCGUGGAAUUGUAACUGUGACAUCCUCUGGCUAAGUUGGUGGCUUAAGGAGAUGGUACCAGCAAACACCAGCUGCUGUGCCCGCUGCAGCUCACCAGCUCACCACAAGGGGCGAUACAUUGGUGAGCUGGACCAGAACUACUUUCACUGUUAUGCUCCUGUUAUUGUGGAGCCCCCUGCUGACCUAAAUGUAACAGAAGGAAGUGCUGCAGAGUUGAAAUGUAGAGCCAGUUCUUUGACAUCAGUGAGCUGGAUUACACCCAAUGGUUCUAUCAUGACACACGGUGCAUACAAGGUCAGAAUCUCAGUGCUGAAUGAUGGCACUCUGAACUUCACCAAUGUUACCAUGCAGGACACGGGCACGUAUACAUGUAUGGUCAGUAAUUCUGCAGGUAACACAACAGCAUCUGCCACACUCAAUGUAUCCUCUACAGAGAACAGCAGCUUCAGCUACUUCACCACAGUGACAGUAGAGACCAUAGAAACACCACAUAAUGAUGUCGUCACCACUACUGUGCAACAGAAGGUGGGCCCCACCCCGUCUGCUGGCACAUGGGAGUCUGUUUCACCCACCUCUACAACCACCACCACAGUCCGGACCCCACUUUCCACCCGCGCCACAGAGAAGACUUAUACAAUCCCUGUCACGGAGCUGGGUGGGGAGGGCUCACUGAAUGGCUUGGAUGAGGUCAUGAAGACAACCAAGAUCAUCAUUGGCUGCUUUGUUGCAAUCACACUCAUGGCAGCUGUCAUGCUAAUCAUCUUCUACAAGAUGCGUAAACAGCACCACCAGCAGAACCACCACGCACCCACACGCACCAUUGAGAUCAUCAAUGUGGAUGAGGAUUGUGUAACAGGAGGCCCAGGCAUGGAGGGCCACCUGACGCUGCCUCCUCUCGAGCAUGAGCACCUCAACCACUAUAACACUUAUAAGACUGCAUACAACCAUGCCUCUACUAUCAACUCCAUACACAGCUCAGCGCACGAACCUUUGUUAAUCCGGGCCAGCUCAAAAGACAAUGUACAAGAGACCCAAAUCUAAUACUUUUUUUUUUUUUUUUCGA